CUUCUACCCUCCCCGGUGCUCAGCCAUUCUGCGCCUGCGCGGGAGAGUCGGGAGGCUCGGGUUGCAGGCUCUGGGGCGAUAUCGCCUGUCAGUCGGUGGGUCGGUCUUCCCGCCGGCCUUCCCCCUCCCGGUUCUCCGCGGGAGGCGCGGUGGAGUCCGCCCCCGGGAUCCCCCGAUGGGGGAGAAGCGGCGACGGCGGCAGCGGAAUAACCGAGCCGGAGCGUGAGCGGCCCCGGGGCCCCGUUCCCGGCGGAGGCCAUGGGCGACCCAGCCCCCGCCCGCAGCCUGGACGACAUCGACCUGUCCGCCCUGCGGGACCCUGCUGGAAUCUUUGAGCUGGUGGAGGUGGUCGGCAAUGGAACCUACGGACAGGUGUACAAGGGUCGGCAUGUCAAGACCGGGCAGCUGGCUGCCAUCAAGGUCAUGGAUGUCACGGAGGAUGAGGAGGAAGAGAUCAAACAGGAGAUCAACAUGUUGAAAAAAUACUCUCACCACCGCAACAUCGCCACCUACUACGGGGCCUUCAUCAAGAAGAGCCCCCCGGGGAAUGACGACCAGCUCUGGCUGGUGAUGGAGUUCUGUGGUGCUGGUUCUGUGACAGACCUGGUGAAGAACACGAAAGGGAACGCCCUGAAGGAGGACUGUAUCGCCUACAUCUGCAGGGAGAUUCUCCGGGGUCUGGCCCAUCUCCACGCCCACAAGGUGAUCCACCGAGACAUCAAGGGGCAGAACGUGCUGCUGACAGAGAAUGCCGAGGUCAAGCUAGUGGAUUUCGGGGUGAGCGCGCAGCUGGACCGCACCGUGGGCAGGCGGAACACUUUCAUCGGGACCCCCUACUGGAUGGCCCCCGAGGUCAUCGCUUGCGAUGAGAACCCUGAUGCCACCUACGAUUACAGGAGUGACAUUUGGUCUUUAGGAAUCACAGCCAUCGAGAUGGCAGAGGGAGCCCCCCCUCUGUGUGACAUGCACCCCAUGCGAGCCCUCUUCCUCAUCCCCCGGAACCCGCCACCCAGGCUCAAGUCCAAGAAAUGGUCUAAGAAGUUCAUCGACUUCAUUGACACGUGUCUCAUCAAGACUUACCUGAGCCGCCCACCGACGGAGCAGCUGCUCAAGUUCCCGUUCAUCCGCGACCAGCCCACCGAGCGGCAGGUUCGCAUCCAGCUCAAGGACCACAUUGACCGAUCCCGGAAGAAACGAGGCGAGAAAGAGGAGACAGAAUAUGAGUACAGUGGCAGCGAAGAGGAAGACGACAGCCAUGGAGAGGAAGGAGAGCCAAGCUCCAUCAUGAAUGUGCCGGGGGAGUCGACCCUCCGCCGAGAGUUCCUCCGGCUCCAGCAGGAGAACAAGAGCAACUCGGAGGCAUUAAAGCAGCAGCAGCAGCUGCAGCAGCAGCAACAGCGAGACCCAGAGGCGCACAUCAAGCACCUGCUGCACCAGCGGCAGCGGCGCAUCGAGGAGCAGAAGGAAGAGCGGCGGCGGGUUGAGGAGCAGCAGCGGCGGGAGCGGGAGCAGCGGAAGCUGCAGGAGAAGGAGCAGCAGCGGCGGCUGGAGGACAUGCAGGCCCUGCGGCGGGAGGAGGAGCGGCGGCAGGCGGAGCGGGAGCAGGAGUAUAUCCGUCACAGGCUAGAGGAGGAGCAGCGACAGCUCGAGAUCCUUCAGCAACAGCUGCUCCAGGAACAGGCCCUACUACUGGAAUACAAGCGGAAGCAGCUGGAGGAGCAGCGGCAGUCGGAGCGCCUGCAGAGGCAGCUGCAGCAGGAGCACGCCUACCUCAAGUCCCUGCAGCAGCAGCAGCAAGUCCUGCCCGGGGACAGGAAGCCCCUGUACCAUUACGGUCGGGGCAUUAACCCUGCCGACAAACCGGCCUGGGCCCGAGAGGUAGAAGAGAGAACGAGGAUGAACAAGCAGCAGAACUCUCCCUUGGCCAAGACCAAGCCAGGCAGCACAGGGCCUGAGCCCCCUGUCCCCCAGGCCUCCCCUGGGCCCCCAGGACCCCUUUCCCAAACUCCUCCUAUGCAGAGGCCGGUGGAGCCCCAGGAGGGACCACACAAGAGCCUGGUGGCACACCGGGUCCCACUGAAGCCAUAUGCAGCGCCUGUACCCCGAUCCCAGUCCCUGCAGGACCAGCCCACCCGAAACCUGGCUGCCUUCCCAGCCUCACACGACCCCGACCCCGCCGUGCCCGCACCCACUGCCACGCCUAGUGCCCGAGGAGCCGUCAUCCGCCAGAACUCAGACCCCACUUCCGAAGGGCCUGGCCCCAGCCCGAACCCCCCAGCCUGGGUCCGGCCUGAUAAUGAGGCCCCUCCCAAGGUGCCUCAGAGGACCUCAUCUAUCGCCACUGCUCUUAACACCAGUGGGGCUGGAGGGUCCCGGCCAGCCCAGGCUGUCCGUGCCAGACCUCGCAGCAACUCCGCCUGGCAAAUCUAUCUGCAAAGGCGGGCAGAGCGGGGCAACCCCAAGCCUCCAGGGCCCCCCGCUCAGCCCCCUGGCCCGCCCAACGCUUGUAGUAACCCUGACCUCAGGAGGAGUGACCCUGGCUGGGAGCGCUCGGACAGCGUCCUCCCCGCCUCUCACGGGCGCCUCCCCCAGGCUGGCUCACUGGAGCGGAACCGGGUGGGAGCCUCCUCCAAACUGGACAGCUCCCCCGUGCUCUCCCCUGGGAACAAAGCCAAGCCCGAUGACCACCGCUCGCGGCCAGGCCGGCCCGCAAGCUAUAAGCGAGCCAUUGGUGAGGAUUUUGUAUUGCUGAAAGAGCGGACCCUGGACGAGGCCCCCCGGCCUCCCAAGAAGGCCAUGGACUACUCGUCAUCUAGCGAGGAGGUGGAGAGCAGCGAGGACGACGAGGAGGAGAGCAACGGCGAACCGUCAGAGGGGAGCAGAGAUACCCCUGGUGGCCGCAGCGAUGGAGACACAGACAGCGUCAGCACCAUGGUGGUCCAUGACGUGGAGGAGAUAGCCGGGACCCAGACCCCUUACGGGGGUGGCACCAUGGUGGUCCAGCGCACCCCUGAAGAGGAGCGAAGCCUGCUGCACGCUGAUAGCAACGGUUACACGAACCUGCCAGAUGUGGUCCAACCCAGCCACUCGCCCACCGAGAGCAGCAAAGGUCAAAGCCCCCCCUUGAAGGAUGGAGGCAGUGAUUACCAGUCUCGUGGGCUGGUAAAGGCCCCUGGCAAGAGCUCGUUCACGAUGUUUGUGGACCUGGGGAUCUACCAGCCUGGAGGCAGUGGGGACACCAUCCCCAUCACAGCCCUGGUGGGUGGAGAGGGCAGUCGGCUCGAUCAGCUGCAGUAUGACGUGAGGAAAGGCUCUGUGGUCAACGUGAACCCCACCAACACCCGGGCCCACAGCGAAACCCCCGAGAUUCGGAAGUACAAGAAGCGGUUCAAUUCCGAGAUCCUCUGUGCGGCCCUUUGGGGGGUCAACCUGCUGGUGGGCACGGAGAAUGGGCUGAUGUUGCUGGACCGAAGUGGGCAGGGCAAGGUGUAUGGACUCAUCGGGCGGCGACGCUUCCAGCAAAUGGAUGUGCUGGAGGGACUCAACCUGCUCAUCACCAUCUCAGGGAAAAGGAACAAACUGCGGGUAUAUUAUUUGUCCUGGCUCCGGAACAAGAUCCUGCACAAUGACCCAGAAGUGGAGAAGAAGCAGGGCUGGACCACUGUGGGGGACAUGGAGGGCUGCGGGCACUACCGUGUUGUGAAAUAUGAACGCAUCAAAUUCCUGGUCAUUGCCCUGAAGAACUCUGUGGAGGUGUAUGCUUGGGCCCCCAAACCUUACCACAAAUUCAUGGCUUUCAAGUCCUUUGCUGACCUCCCACACCGCCCUCUGCUGGUGGACCUGACGGUAGAGGAGGGACAGAGGCUCAAGGUCAUCUAUGGCUCCAGCGCCGGCUUCCAUGCUGUGGAUGUCGACUCGGGGAACAGCUAUGACAUCUACAUCCCUGUGCACAUCCAGAGCCAGAUCACGCCCCACGCCAUCAUCUUCCUCCCCAACACGGAUGGCAUGGAGAUGCUGCUGUGCUACGAGGACGAGGGCGUCUAUGUCAACACGUAUGGGCGGAUCAUUAAGGACGUGGUGCUGCAGUGGGGCGAGAUGCCCACCUCUGUGGCCUAUAUCUGCUCCAACCAGAUCAUGGGCUGGGGUGAGAAAGCCAUUGAGAUCCGCUCCGUGGAGACGGGCCACCUAGACGGGGUCUUCAUGCACAAACGAGCCCAGAGGCUCAAGUUCCUGUGUGAGCGGAACGACAAGGUGUUUUUUGCCUCAGUCCGCUCCGGGGGCAGCAGCCAAGUUUACUUCAUGACCCUGAACCGUAACUGCAUCAUGAACUGGUGACGGGGCCCUGGACGGGGCUGUCCCACGUGGACCAGCUCUCCCCCCCCACAACCAGACUUCCCGGGCCGCCCUUCUUUUCCCUCCCUGGGCUUUGCUUUUACUGGUUUGAUUCACUGGAGCCUGCUGGGAACGUGACCUCUGACCCCUGAUGCUUUUGUGAUCACGUGACCAUCCUCUUCCCCAACAUGUUCUCUCCCCAAAACUGUGCCUGUCCCAACUUCUGGGGAGAGGCACAGCUUCCCCUUACCAGGAAUUGAGUGGGCCUAGCCCCACCCCCCCUUCUCCACUUGAGAGGAGAGUGCUUGGGGCUUGGACCCCAUACCCCACUGCUGCUGACUCGGCAGGGCCCUGGGCCCCUUUAUUUGCACGUCAGGGGAGCCGGCUCCCCCCUUGAAUGUACCAGACCCUGGGGGGGGUCACUGGGCCCUAGGUUUUAGGGGGGUCACCAGCCACUCCAGGGGCAGGGACCAUUUCCUCAUUUUCUGAAAGCACUUUAAUGAUUCCCCUCCCCCCAAACCCCAGGGAAUGGAGGGGGGACCCCGCCAGCCAAAACAUUUACCCCUUUCCAACCCCUGUCUCUUCUAGCCUCUGCCCUUCCCUGGUGGAGGGAGGGAGCAGGGAGCUCUCACCCUCCAUACCCCCUUGCUUGCAUCUGUAUAUAGUGUGAGCAGCAAGUAGCCCCGGCCCCUCCCUGCCCCCACCACUCCUCAAUGUAGUGGCCUUGGAGAUCUCCGUUUGUUAAUAAAGACAAUUCAACCAGC